GUCCACGGGGACAGUUCUGCCACCCAGCCUCGCGGACCCACCGGUGGUCUUGCGCGAGAGCGACAGCGCCAAGAUCCCGCGGGCUCCUGGGGCAGCCUCCGGACAGCGCGCGCAUGCGCAGGGGCGACGAAUGCGAGGGCGCGCGCUGCGGGUCCUUGCGUUGCUCCUGGUAACCGCCCAGCCCAGCCGCGACGUGACGAUUCAAGAUGGCGAAAGACCUGGAAGAGCUGUUGGAUGAGGUCGAGUCCAAGUUUUGCAGACCAGACCCACUGAGACUGGGCAUGGUUGAGCUGCCCAAAGGCUGCAGCGGCGGCGGCAUCCUCAGCAACGACCGGAACCGAGCCGAGGCGAAAGAGACUCUCAGAUCAACAGAAACAUGUAAGAAAGAAGAUGAUCUUGACAGUCUUAUUAAUGAAAUAUUUGAAGAGCCCAACUUUGACAGAAAAUCCUUUAAAUUAAAAUCUAAAUCUUCAGGUAACACAUCUGUCAGAGCUUCCGUUCCGGGCCUUGGUAAAAGUUGCAGCCCAGUGUACCUUGGUGGAAGUGCUGCUCCAUGUGGGAUUGGGACAAAUACUUCCCAGAGCUCCUUUUCUCUGAACAGAGCCUGUGACCAUCUGCGUUGUAUAGCAUGUGAUUUCUGGAUAGUAAGCUACGACGAUUAUAUGUGGGACAAAUCAUGCGAUUAUCUGUUUUUCAGGAACAACAUGCCAGAAUUCCACAAAUUAAAAACAAAGUUGGUAAAGAAGAAAGGCACACGGGCAUACGCCUGCCAGUGUAGCUGGAGAACUAUUGAAGAACUGACUGACCUUCAGACGGAUCAUCAGCUUCGUUGGGUUUGUGGUAAACAUUAAGAAUGCAGACUUUUCACGUUCAGACAAAUGCAUCCGUGAGAGCAUUCUCCAUUAAUCAUCAUAAUAGUUAGAUAAAGGCACAUGGUAGUGUCAUGCCCUUUGGAAAAAGACAAGAAAUUUCAUUUAAUGACUAUUCAAAUUUUUGAAGACCAAAUGGACUUGGGAAGAUAAUGUGCCUUAAUGUUUUGGAAUUCUUUUCUUAAUGUAUAGACACUUAGUAAGCAAGGUAACAAGUUAUCCAAAUUCUUUUUGCUAGCCUGUCUCCUGUUAGACGGAAGUUUAAUUAUGGAGUUUCACACAAAUAUAUAGCCAUUUGUUAGCAACUGCCAUAUGACUGACUGCUAAUACACUCAGCUUAAACAUUCCUCAUUUAUAGUACUUAAAGGAGAUAAAGCCAGCCAGUGAAGAGAGGACAUUGAGGGGUGUAUACAUCACCUCCUCACGUCAGGUCUGUCAUUGCCAAAGAUCACAAUUUAGACAUGGCAGAAACCAUGUGAUCUGUGGCUUGCUGAAGGGUAUUCAAGGGUACGGGUAUAUUGUAAAUGAAAACACUGCCUGUAUCUGAACUUACCUUACCAACUCAGAGUGAUGUUAGACACAGUAAUGAUAAAUAUAUAUUGCCAGUUUUAGCUUAUUUCUCCUCCUUUUGUUCAUUUAGAUAUCAAAAGUUAUUUAGUUUGCUACUUUAGCAAAUAUCCACUUAUAUAUAAAAAAUUUUUUUUGAUUCGCCUAAACUCACAAGGAAAAAUCCUAAUACAGACAGGUCAUUAUUGGAUUUUCCAAGUACUUUCUAGCCUUUAAUGCCUAAAACUCCCAUCAGGUAAAAUGAAUAGCAAGUAAGAUAUUUUCUCAGGCAGCCUGUUGAUUUUUCUGGUAGGAUCAGAUUGACAUAUUAUUUAUUAGAGGAGUGCAUGAACCAACAGGUAACCUGUUGGGCUCCUUCUUGAGAUCACUGAGACUUGAGGAGCCCCACAAUAGCAGCACAUUCAGGAAAUAGUUACCUCAAAAUUACCAACUCCCAGCCAUGUCAAGAGAUUCUGGGGGCUUUCCAAUCUGCCAAAAGCUCUUUACCACAUCUGUCUAAUACAUAGUUCAAAUGUGUGACACAAGGCAUGUUGAAAGGGAGUAAUCAAAGCAAAGUUAUGAUCUGCUUUAAUGUGCUGAAUCCGUUCCAGCCACCCUGUGUAAGCAGAGAAGAAAGGUCUGAUCAUUAAGACCCUUUUCCUAGCACGGCACAUUUGCACAUGUGUAAACUCACGCUAGUGAGUCUAGCACUGCAGCAGAACACAUCUCACAGUGGCAAAUGCCACGUUUGUGUUUUUGUAUUGAGAAUAUGUUUAGAGAUCUUAUCUUUCAAUAAAAAUCUUUUACUCUCUAAAAUUUUAUCUCUGUAAUUGUAUCAGAAAUAUAGGGAGAUUUGGAUCGAAGUCAUCUCUUCCAAAAAAUAGCGGAGCAGUCUGAUCCACACAUUCAGAACCCCAAGGAAUUUGGCACAUUAGUGAUAAUGGUGAUUUUUUUUUAUUCAGAUGAGCAAAUUUACUCAUCUGAAUAAAUCAUUAAUUUGAACAAAUCAUUAAUUUGAAAGUAUUUUUUUCUCUUAUUUAAUCAUAACUAUCCUAUAACUUGGAUACAUUGCCCAUGUUUGGCAUUCCAUAAUAUAAUAAUUAUAAUAAUAAUUCCCCAAUGUCAGAUAUGUAUAUGUGAGUUCACAUUUUGUUGGCAAUUUACUUUAUAAGCUUUUUAAUAUUGUACAAUUUUUAAUCUAAAAUGUAAAAGAAUUAUAUUUAUAUACAAAUGGAUCAUUAUUACCAGUUUUAAUUAAACCAAAAUAAAACUAUUUUAGUAUAAAUAUAGAAGAAAAGCAUGGUUUCUAAUGAACUGUAAUUUUAAAAUGCAAAGUUUAUAAAACUUUCAAGAUGUUUUACCUAUUUGUUUUCAAUAUUUAUAAUAAUUUUCUACCUUUAGCAAGUAUCCAUUUUUUGUCAAGCCAGCAGCUACUUUAUUUGAACUUUAUUUAUACUCUCAGACCCUAAUCUUGCCUAGAAAUGAAUAAAUAAUAAAUAGCUUCACUCUGUAUUUACUUUUUUUAUAGUAAAAUAUUCAUUUGGGGAUUAAUUUGAAAUAAUUUUGAUAAUUUAUUUUAAAAUGUCAACAAAAAAGUUUCUAACCAUCCAAUUGAACAGAAAAUUUGUUUAUAUUCUGGAGGAGAAGCAUGCCAUAGUUUGUUUGUGUGCGCAUGUGAAAGAGCGUGGGUGCUUAGAGGAGCGGUCCCAGUGCAGGAAGAGUGAGCCAUGCUGACACGGUGGUGGCCGUCCAGACCCUGCAUGUUGAUGUCAGGGCCAAGGAGGAUGGCAUCAGACUAUGAUUUUGAAUUACUUUCCCUCCUUUUCUUACUGAUCUAAUACUUAAAAAUAUGGAAUAAUAAUGUCUUUUUAUCCAAUAAAUACGGUGAUGAAGCUUAACAGUAA